AUGGGGUCCUCGAUACGCUUCGAUGGUUCGAAUUCCGGGCUCCAGGUAGCCAAUAAUAAUGCUCCUAUCACAGCCAACUUCAAUAAUCUUAUAAAUAUCGAGAGCAGCUUAUCCAUAGUCUAUGAGGCUGCGUUCGACUCAUGGGAGGAACAACAUGAGGACAUAUGUCUCACAGGCACGAGAACUGAUGUUCUUGAUCAGAUCGAGACAUGGGAAGCCUCGCCUCAGGCACGUUGCAUCUUUUGGUUGAAUGGAAUGGCUGGCACGGGGAAGUCCACCAUAUCUCGAACAGUGACAAGAUGCUUCAGUCAGAAAAAGUCUCUUGGGGCAAGCUUUUUCUUCAAGAGGGGCGCAGCAGAUAGGGGGAAUGCCACAAAACUUUUCCCAACUAUCGCAGGCCAGCUGGCACACAAUCUUCCAUCGCUGCGGCCUAUCAUACAUCAGGCUAUUCAGGACAAUCCGGGAAUUGUAACCAAGGGUAUAAAAGAACAGUUUGACAAACUUCUCCUUCAGCCGCUUCUCAAUCUACAUUCACCAGACCCGCAAACAUUGGUGGUAGUGAUUGACGCAUUAGAUGAAUGUGAAGGGGAGAGAAACAAAAGGCAGAAAGAAAAAGGCGAGCAAGAUGAAGGGGAGAAAGACAUACAGCUUGUCAUCCAACUCCUGCCACAGCUGCAAAGGGCAGAAUCUAUACGUCUACGGGUUCUUUUGACCUCCAGACCCGAGUUCUUUAUUUCUCAAGCUUUCAAACAGCUUGCGAACUACAAGUACAAAGAACUCCUUCUUCACGAAGUCGCUCCUGAGGUCAUUGAGCACGAUAUACUGUUGUUCCUGAAUCAUCGGUUGGCAGAGAUUAGGGAUAAAUGUGAACCGCCCCUUCCUAUUGACUGGCCUGGAACUACCAACGUCCGCAAACUAGUAGCAUUGUCUACUCCGUUAUUCAUCUUCGCCUCUACGGUGUGUCGUAUAUUCGAGGACCCUGACUGGGACCCAGUGGACAGUCUUGAGGAAAUUCUCAGGCGUGAAAAUUAUGAACCCACUCUGGAUCGAACGUAUCUUCCAGUGCUUAGCCGGCUCCUUAAAACAGAGCGUGGUACGCCAAAAAGGAAGAUAUUAAUUAAAGAAUUCCAACAGGUGGUCAGCACAGCCGUGUUACUAGAGAGUCCACUAUCAGCCAUCUCACUUUCAAGGCUCAUCGGCCUUAGUGAAACACUGGUUCGUCGCAGACUAAACCCACUCCGCUCGGUCUUAAGUAUACCACCCGAUAAUGCUUCCGCGAUACGGCCUUUUCACUCCUCAUUUCGAGAUUUCCUUUUCGACCAAGAAAGUUGCGGAAAAACGUCAUUUUGGAUUGACAAAAAGGAAGUCCACGGUUUCCUAACUAGACGAUGCCUCUCUACGUGUCGGUCCUUGAGGAAGAACAUAUGUGGACUACCGAGUGAUGGAACAACUCGUGCAGGGAUUGAGAAAGAGGCUAUUGAUCGCUAUAUUUCUCCAGAAUUGCAAUACUCCUGUCGAUAUUGGGCACAUCAUCUGAUCCAGUGCGUAGAAGUACACACUGUGAUAGAUGAUGCUCUUUCAUUUUUCCAGAGUCAUUUCUUGUACUGGAUGGAAGCAAUGAGCCUCCUUGGUCUGAUAUUGGAAGUAGUUGGGGUUCUUGAUCGCCUUCAAAUGGCUAUAUCCGUCAAUCGGUCUUCCCCGAUGUCUGAAUUUCUCCAUGAUGCAAAGCGCUUUGCUCUGAAAAAUUGCCAUAUAGCCGAUAAAGUGCCUCUCCAGCUUUACUGUGCGGGGCUUAUAUUUGCACCUCCAACGUCUAUUAUCCGUAGAAGCUUCCUAACGGAGCUGCCUACUUGGAUAUGUCAACUACCUCGAGUUGAAGAUGGAUGGACAGCAGAGUUGCAGGCUCUCGAAGGCCACGUCGGCCUGAUUAGCUCAGUUGCUUUCUCACCCAACCGUCGGCUUUUAGCAUCUGGGUCUUAUGACAGGACUGUCCGCCUCUGGGACGCGGGGACCGGAGCACUUCAGCAAAGUCUAGAGGGACAUUCUAGUAUUGUUCAUUCAGUGGCCUUCUCACCUAGUGGCCAGCUGUUAGCAUCUGGAUCAUAUGACCAAACAGUUCGCCUUUGGAACCCUUUAACGGGUGCCCUCAAGCACACUCUUGAAGGACAUUUAGACCCUGUCAACUCGGUCACAUUUUCUAUUGACGGCAAAUUACUAGCGUCAGGCUCGGAUGACUACACCGUGAGACUGUGGAACGGAGAAUCGGGCGUACUCCAGCACAUCCUCGAGGGACAUUCAGGCUGGGUUUUGUCAAUAGCAUUUUCACCCACUUCCCAACUUGUAGCUUCCGCGUCAUAUGACAAAAACGUCCGCCUCUGGGAUACAGCUACAGGCACACCCCAGAUGAUCCUCGAGGGCCAUUCUAGUACGGUUGAUUCGGUGGCAUUUUCUCCGGAUGGACGGCUUCUUGCUUCAGGCUCCGAUGAUCGUACCAUCCGUCUCUGGUACACCUGCUCAGGUGAGCUACGGCAGAUUCUGGAGGGUCAUACUAAUAAAGUCCGGGCGUUGGCUUUCUCGCCUGACGGUUGUCUACUGGCUUCGGGCUCCUAUGACAAGACAAUUCGCAUAUGGAAUAUAGCCACGGGUGAGCUUCAGCAGACUCUGAGGGGCAACUUAGGCAAAGUCAACUCUGUGGACUUCUCGCCCGAUAGUCGAGUGCUGGCAUCCGGCUCUGACGAUGAUGUUGUACGUCUUUGGGACAUUGAGUCGGGUGUGAGCCAGCUGAGUCUCGAGGGUCAUUCGGAUGAGGUUCACUCUGUAGUUUUCUCAUCCGACGGCCGCUUGUUGGCAUCCGACUCCUAUGAUAGGACUCUGUAUCUCUGGGAAACGGCGACAGGUUCGUUAAUGCGUACUUGGGAGCUUGAUGCAUUCUUCGAAUCUUUCAGGUUUUCCCAUGACAAUUUAUAUAUACACACAGAUGUCGGCACUCUGUGCAUUCAGUCCAAUUACGACAUUUCGAAUUUGCAGCCAGCUCAGGGCAAUCUGGAUUUAUCUAUUGAUGACGAGCUAUGGAUCAAGCUGAAUGGUGAAAAAGUACUCUACCUUCCAAGUGAUUAUCGACCCACUUGCUACAACGUUAAAGGCGGGGUGCUUGCUCUUGGACACAGCUCUGGUCGCGUUUCAUUCAUCGGGUUUUCAGCGUAAAUAGUGCAACUGAUUUUUUUUGAAUCUGUGUCUUAUUAUACCCUUAAAUCGCAUCGUGUAUUAGGGGGUGUCUAGACCGAUUGUUAUUGCUUGGCCUCCAUGAACUGUGUUCUCUCUUCCAG